AUGUUUGAUGCCAACUACGAUACCCUUGUCUGGGCCAUACAAAAGAACGGAUUCACAAGUAUGGGAAUCAUAGUGGGUGAAAUUGGGUGUCCAAGUUAUGGAGAUCGAAACGCGAAUAAUCAAUUAGCUCAAAGGUUUAUGCAAGGAUUCUGUGAGAUGCCCUUAAUACAGAGAGAAGGAACGAAUUUUCUUCCACCUGCUCGAACUUUCAUCGCCAAAACCCUACGAAUCAUUCCUGUGGUUGCUAAUGACACUGCUGAAGAAAUUGUUGCAAGGGUUCUUCGCCAGGAACAUGAAGUGUAUGCUGAGGUGGCAGCUGCAAUAUGUGAAGAACGUGUGAUUUGAAGAGAAGAUGGUG